CCGUUGUUCCAUAAAUAAGAACCAGGGAGGAGGGCAAAAGCGUCGGCGAGUGUACCAAGGACUAGGCUCUCGGCCUGCUCGUAUUCAUCGUAUUAUCACCUACGCGAAAUGAGAAACAGCGUCGAACGCGCAUAUAAACGAGAACGAUUUUAUAAUAGAUCGCGCGAUGUGUAUGCGUAUACGCGUGUAAUAUAGUGAUCUCGCGGGGUUGGAGUAUACGAGAGGGAUAGUAGGGAGAAAGGGUGGUGGUGGUGGUGGUGGUGGUGGUGGUUUUAUAGUGCGUUCGACUCGAUCGCCGCAUUAUAGAGAGUUGUUUUAUUUGGAUAAUCGGAAAUAGCUGAAAAAAUAGUCGAUAGAUUCGAUAUAAUUGUAAUUACAAUGAGCGAAGGAGGUAGAAUCGGGAGCGUAACGAAAGGAACGAUAAUGGAAAUAAUUGAAAGGAGGGAGGCGGCGGCAACCACACCGCCGUACGAUGAUGGUUUAACGAUGGUUUAACGAUAUGGUAAAUGAGCCAAGACGUUCGCACAGCGGGACUGAGCUAAAAACGUCCGGCGUCCGGUCCCUCUGAAUAUGAGGCUUUCAACCCGCGGCGUAUCAACGACCCGAAACUCAGUGGCGGCGGCGACGCGGUGGUGGUGGUGGUGGUGGUGGUACUAGUAGUAGUAGUAGCGAUACGCGCUGCAACGGCGACGGCAGCGGCGGUGGCGGCCUCGUCGCAACAAGAAUAUUUUUUCCUAGUAGUAUCGAUGCUCGUAAGUUGGAUCAGCUGCCAUGGUGGAUCCAACGGUACAGAAAUAAAAUCCUCGAAAAUUGCGACAAUGUGAAAUCUCGUGGAUUACGCUGAUAACCCAGGAAAAACGAAAGCGUUUACUUCUGAUUAAUUGGAGCAGGGUUCGACGAGCUGCGAAGAAAUAUCGGGAGUGUUGAGCGAUGGCUCUGGUAAUGUUACCGUGCGAUUUGCCCUGGUGGUCGGCAAUAGUCAAACAGCUGGAUCGGGCCGGUUCUUCGAGAACCUCGAGCGACCUUCUCGAUGUCAUGCAAAGGCUUCACGACAUGUGCAACAUAAGCCUCGAUCCGGAGGAAGACAAUCAGGAUCCAGAAGUAUUCGUCGGGCUUGGAAAAUUUGUGGAUGAAGAUUUGAACGAAGCCGAGAGGGAGAAAUUAUUUACGAAAACAAUACCCCGAAUAGCGGAUAGAGCUAAAGCGUUGAGAGCAACGAAACCACCCCAAGGAUUAUACUUUAGUUUGCAGCAACAAGGCGACUGCGUCGAGUAUAGCUACGGAUUCGCAUCGUCGUUACUGGCAAACGCCUUUUUUUCUACUUAUCCAAAACGGACUAUGAAAACGCAUCCUACCCUAGGAGAUUUUAAUUUUACACAUUUCUUCAAGUACCUACAUCUAAAUAGUCAAAAGGCUAAAUUACGCAGUAUUUUGCACUACUUCGAUUAUCUCGAAACCGAAUCUGCCCUCGAGGGACGUAUGAUUGUUUCGCGACAGGUAAUGACCUCGAAAGAAUGGCUAACGAUCGAGGAUUGGCUGGAGAGCGAUACACCGUUGUGUCCGUUGACGAUUCGUCAUGGUGGUCGAAUCGACGGAAUCGAUUCGGAGGCAAAAUAUUUGCACGUGUGUUUCUCUAGUUCACGAUUUGGUGGCGGUGUUCUCGAGGACAAGCUUACACAAGAAACCGUACAUAUAGCGACUCAUCCGGAAAUACUUGCCGCGAUAUUGUCGGUCGAGGCUUUGGAGGACAACGAAGUAUUAAUAGUAGAGGGAGCUCGACGCGUUUCGAGAAUAAACGAUCCGAAGCACAAAGCUAUUUAUGAAAGCAUAUCAGAGCCAAUUCCAAUGACGGUAUGCUACAUGGAUCCUGAGGAUUAUUCAAAAGUGCCGUUAACGCAAUUCGAAGAGGACAACGUGUUACGCGAAAUGAACAAAUCGCUUUUGGGCUUUCGUCAAAGGCGACCGCCCUCGAGUCCUAUCGACUCGGAUCACGAUGGUGGACCGGGCACACGAAGAUUGUCCCCUAUCGGGGAAAGCUUCGGAAGUACCUCACCGGAAAUAGAAACCGAAGAGAAAGCCGAAACGGUGGUGAAAGAAAAUGGUGCCGAUCGAGAAACGUUGAAAGAGGAAGGAUCGGAGAGCGAUUCUCCCCCGAAUGAAAUACGAAGGAGACGGCCUAACGGACGUUGUUCGAUAAGAUCGCGGAGUCCAUCAAAAAUGGGAAUGGGGGCGGCGGGGGGAGGAGGGAGAAACGCGACGAGUAACGCGAGUCGACGGAGUAGGUUUAUAGUAUUGGGCUCGAGCGGAGAAAUUUUGCCGGUAACGAGAAAAUCACUUGGACAAAUGUCGGUAUACAGCAGCUGUAACAGCCAGAGUACCGAGAGUUUUCAUAGCGCCAAAGAAACGAUGGAGGAGGAGGAGGAGGAGGAGAAGGAGGAACACCAGCAACGACAACCGGCAACAACAGCAGACGAAGAGGAAGAAAAAUUAACGAUAAGGUAUGGUAGACAAUUGGACACACCCGAAAGACGAGGUACUUUUGCUCAACGACUCAAAGAAGCUUUGCAUCGCGAGAGCACCGCAACAGGAUCGCGUUCCUCCGUAAAUUCUUCCGGGGAAAGUAGCUACGCCGUUGGAAUAAGCGUAACCGGAAGUCACGUCGGAGAUGAGGAUAUAAAAGUGAAGAGAGGGGGUUCUCGAGGUUUCGUAUUGAGAGACGAGACCGUUGAGAAAGAUUUUUUCAUGGAUGAACCACCGGAAACCGAAAGCAAAUGGCUCAGCAGAGGCAAACUCGGAGAAAAUGGAACGCGCCCGGAAGCGGUAGCCGGAAUCCAAAGGAGAGAUACGAAUGCGAGCAGUAAAUACAGUUUCAGCACCGAAUACAGUUCAGAGGUGUACGAGCAACUUUCAAAAUGGCUCCAAGAUCCUCUAGCUUCGGAGGAGAACCGGGAAAUGGAUGCGCGUGAUAGAGCCGUUGUACAGUUCGCCGGAUCUCUUUUGAGACGAGCUCUGAGCGAAUCGUUCGCCGGGGUUCCGGUACAAGAGGGAGAACCUUUACCCAUCACAACCGGACCCAACGAUCUGCUUCACCGGAAGCACAAGCUAGCCCUGGCCGUUCGAAGUUUGAGCUUGGAAUUGGCGAGGCAGCGAAACAAGCGCCAACAAUCGUUACCGGGAGAGAGUAGUCCUCAAGGAGGAGGUGGCCCGAUGCCCGUCGUCACCGGAAAUUGGGGAUGCGGUUCGCGAUUAAAAGGGGAUCCUCAAUUGAAAUUGGUCAUUCAAUGGCUUGCCGCUUCUUUGGCUGGCGUACCACGACUCAUUUACCAUACUUUCGGUAACGUCGACUUGUCCAAGUUGGACACGGUGAGUCGGGUGUUGACAGAUCGUAGAUGGUCGGUUGGCGAUCUGACAGCGGUAACAUUGAGAUUCGCGGUUCGCACGAUCGAGGAAAGGGUCAAGGAUCGGAAAAGCCUUUUCGAGGAAUUAAUCGGUAUAGACAAGCCGAGUCCUUAGCCAGACGCGAUGCUGUCGGUUCUCGUGGACGUUUUCGCCACGAUGAUCGAAGACAGCCGCCACCGCCGUCGCCCGCUCGUUGAUCCGAACGACAAAUAACUAUACUUCCCCCAUCGAUCAAUUAUCAACAACACUCUGAAUCCAUUCGAACGACGACCAUUUUUUUCUAUUUUCAAAAGGAAACAAACAAACAAAACGUAACAUUAUACAAUCGUAAAUUGAAAAAAAUCAAGCAUAUCACAUUAGAAAUACCGAAAAAAUGAAUCAAUGUGCUUCGAAGAUAGGUAAAAUAACAUGUAAUAAGGGCAUUUUUUUUCCACAGGUUCGAAGGAGUUUCUCAUUGUCCUUUCACGUAAAAAUAACUUUUUAAAUCAUUCAAUUCUUUUAUAAUUUUCAUUCAGAAUAGAUAACGGAGAAUUAAUUCUUCAAUUAAUACACGAUAGAAACAUUUGGAUCCGAGUCAUACAAUUCAUUUUCAUUUGCGUCAUCAUAAUUACCAAAGGAUCAAAAGUCGUUUUCAAUUUGUGACGUAAUAGGCAAUAAAAUAUUUUAUAAAUGACGUCGUUUGUACGAGGGUGAUGAAAUAUUGUAUUUGCAAUAAGAUACAGUAUAAAAAAAAAAAAAAAAUAGUCAAAUUUUCUGUAAACUGUGGCGCGAGAGUGAAUAAUAUUGGAUUGAAAAAACAAAAUAAAAUGAAAAAAAAAAAAAAAAAAAAAUCACUGACGGGAAUACGCGUGAAAAGGCUGCUGUUUUUUUGAGGCGAGCCUCAAUGAAAAGUGAAGCGCGUAAUAACAAAAGAAACGGUCUUCCAGAAUAAUAAAAAAAAUGAGAACAUGUUCGCGCAAGCAAACCCGUUGAUAGACACUGAAAAAAAAAAAAAUAAUGAAGAAGCGCGUGGUUAAGAA